UGCUCGCCGGGAUACGGCCCUGCACUCUGCGCCAUAUUGGAGUGGGUUCGGAUCCUGUCAGAGAGGGAACGAGAGCCGAGCCGGACCGGGCCGCGGGGUUUCAGUGCACCGCUCCUUCCAACCACAAGCCCCUCCGACCUCCCGCCGCGUCCUCGUAACAAUAAACGAGGGGAGGAAAGAGAGAGAGGGGACGUGAGAGAGAGAGAGAGAGAGGAGACUGUCCCCACCCCCCCUCCCCGUCCAUCCGCGGACCGCCCGGCCCCGAACCGACCUCCCCUCCCCUACUGUCCUGUCCUUCCCCGCCCCGCCGCUCCGAGCGGAUCCGCCAACCGGUCAUGAGUCCGGCCGACGCCAAGCGAGCAAAGCGGAGGAAAAACAAGCGGGGCGGCGGCAAGGCGGUGAGCCGCCAGCAGAAAGCCCUGACGCCGCCGAGCAGCAGUGGGAGCGGCGGCGGUGGAGCGGGAGGAGCAGGAGGCGGCGGCGGCGGAGCCAACGGCACCUUACAUGGGGAGGUUUCCAUAAAUGGCACACAGCUGUCAGAUGGGUCUGUGGGGUCGGAGUUCACAGGAGUCCCUCAGACACCAUUCACUUUUGGUCUGGGUCAGAGGGCACCGUACUCAACGGGAGAACGAUGCCUCCUGUGUCGAAGUGAACGUAAAGACUCUUCACUCUCUGAGAGUGGGAUUACAAACCCAAACAAAAUGGCACUUUCUACAUCUCCGAAAACAAACAGCAUAUUGCACCUUCCUCUGUGGGUGUGUCCGGACUGCAGGCGUACUGUUGAAAAGGAUGAUCGGCAAGUUUCUCUGGAGCAAACUCUAGUGAAUCAAGACUUCCUAUUGCAUAUGCCAAUGGCUAACAAUGGAGCACCCCAGGACUCAAUAGGUGGAAGACUGGCUGUCGGAGCUCAGUCUGUACCUGGUACAGAUGUCAAUGCCCCUGCAGCUUCAGAAAUUGCUUGCAACUGUGAAGCAUGCAAUGAGCGAAGGGAAAUAUCAGCAGAGAAUGAACGGGAAUCUCAGCAGCUUCAGCAUUAUUGGUCGGAGGUACGUUAUAUGGUUCGAUGUAUCUAUCGACAAGCUGGAACGCCGCUGGCUGACGAUCAGGACCAGUCGCUGGUUCCAGAUAAGGAGGGAAUGAAAGAAUUAGUAGACAGGUUAUGUGAGCGUGAUCCCUAUCAGCUAUACCAGCGUUUGGAGCAACAGGCUAGGGAGUAUGUUCUAGAAAUGAAGGUACGCUUGCUUCGACAUCUGUCAAUGGGAUCCAAAGUCACAAAUGUGGUGCAGGGCCCACCACAAGCUCAUCAAUUCAUCUCACUCCUGUUGGAGGAAUACAGUGCACUCUGUCAAGCUGCUCGCACAAUCAGCACCUUCCUCAUCACGCUGGAAAGUGAACAUUUGAAGAAAUUCCAAGUGACAUGGGAACUUCAUAAUAAGCACCUAUUUGAAAACUUGGUGUUCUCUGAGUCACUUUUGCAAAGUAACCUACCGUCACUAGUAGCACAACUUCGGCUGGGUACGGCAUCUCACGAUACGUACAGUGAGGACAUGUAUAGUACAUUACUACAACGAUACCUCCAGAUGGACCAAGAGAUGAGACGAGUUGCAGCAGAGUGGUUGGAAUGCCAAAAGCGAAUAGAUGAUUAUGUGGAUGAACAGAUUGCAAUGAAAACCAAGCAGCGAAUGUUAAAGGAUGACUGGGAGUUCUUCAAACAGCGCCGGUUAUUAGAAGAGCAGCUUACAAACAGCAAGAAAGCACUAACUGGAGAAAAUAAUUUCACAGAUACAAUGAGGCAUAUGUUGUCAUCAAGACUGAGCAUGCCUGAUUGUCCCAACUGCAACUACAGGCGCAGGUGUACCUGUGAUGACUGUAGCCUGUCACACAUCCUCACAUGUGGCAUCAUGGAUUCACCUAUUCCUGAUGACCUUUCAAUUAACACGUUACCAUUGCAAGUAGAAGCAGCUCCAGAUUACCUCACAGAAAUAUGUCCCCCCAGCAUGUCAUCUGCAAGCUCAGGAUCCGGUUCAAGUUCACCCAUCACCAUACAGCAGCACCCUCGGCUCAUCCUUGCUGAUAGCAACUCAGCCCCCACCUUUGGCAGUGACGAUGAAGACGUGACCCCUUUAUCAGCCAAGUUUGCUGAUAUAUACCCACUUAACAGUUACGAUGAUGCAGAAGUGGUAGCCAACAUGAAUGGAAUCCAUGGAGAGCUCAAUGGUGGCGGUGAAAAUAUGGCAUUAAAAGAUGAGUCUCCCCAGGUAAGCAGCACCAGCAGUAGCUCAUCGGAAGUUGAUGACGAAGAUGGUGAUGAUGGAGAGAGCAGCAGUGAACCCCCUGUGUCGCACACGGAAGAGAUGCCUGGAAAGAGGGCAGCUAGAAAGGAAGAAGUGAGGGACAGCCCACCCCCGUCAUAUCCCAGUCAGCAGGCUGACCAGGUUCAGAACGUUUGUGAAUGCCAUGUCUGCAAGCAAGAAGCCUCUGGGCUGAACACGUCCGCUCUUGCACCCGGGCGCUUACCGAGUGGCCAUCAGUUUUUACCCACAGAGAAGCCUUCACAUCCUGCUCUUCACCUCUACCCUCACAUACAUGGACAUUUACCGCUGCACACCAUCCCUCAUCUGCCACGGCCUCUCCUCCAUCCUACUCUGUAUGCAACCACUCCUCCAUUCACGCACGCCAAGACUCUUCAGUCAGCCCCACCUCCCAAUCACACGAGCAAACAUCAGGUUUUCAGUGCAUCCCUCCAGGACCACAUCUAUCAGAGCUGUUUCGGCAGUACUGACUGGAACAACCCACUCCUCACGUCCCAUAAAUUGGCAAGUCUUUGGGGAUCAGAACUAAUAAAUGGGGAAAAGCCAUGGAAUCCUGCUGCUUUCCUCCCAGAAACAUUAUCUGGUGAUAUGUUGCGGUCACCACUCCCAGAGAUUAGGCCUGAAGCAAUUCCCCCCACAACCAGCACAGACACUGUUGUCACAGAUACAAAGGAAAAAAAACCCGCAGCAAGGAAAAAAUGUCUCUACAAUCCCCCUGCUUCCAUGGAAACCAACAAAGUCAUCAUGGCAACGUCUUCAGCCACAUCCUCUGUCUCAUCUACAGCCACUACUGUGCAAUCUAGUUCCAAUCAAUUUAAGGUUUCUUCAAAAAGACCUACAUCAUUAGGUGAGGUGUUCCAUAAUUUAGGUAAAGAAGACCACAGACAUCCCACUCCAGUCGCACCUAGGAACAGCCCCACAGGUUUAACAUCUCUUCCAUCUCUCACCCCCACGCCGCUGUCCCCUGCCUCCACACCUCACAUGCCUAACCUUGUGACUUCACCUUUUCCAAAGACAGCUUCAACCGCCCCAGGUUUUAUCGACCCCCAUUCUGGGCUCUGUCCAACCUCAACUGCACCCCCUGCAGCUACUGCAGAAAGUUCAGUGAGUGCGUCAGCCAGUGUCUGCAGUGACCCUGACUGCGAAGGACAUGCAUGUGCAAGUGGCAAUGUGUACGAUCAUCAGCAGUUUGAUGGUGAAGAAAGUCAAGACGAAGACAGCUGCUCAGAACAUAGCUCCAGUACCUCAACAUCAACCAAUCAGAAGGAAGGAAAAUACUGUGACUGCUGCUACUGUGAAUUCUUUGGGCAUGGUGGGCCACCUGCUGCUCCAACGAGUAGAAACUAUGCAGAGAUGCGGGAGAAGCUUCGUUUACGGCUCACAAAGCGGAAAGAGGAGCAGCCAAAGAAAGCAGAUCCAAUCCUCGAGAAAGAGCAGAUAGUAGACCAUAGAAAAGUAGAAGAUCUAUUACAGUUUAUAAAUAGCACAGAGUCAAAACCGGUCAGCAGCUCAAGGGCAGCAAAACGAGCACGACACAAGCAACGAAAGCAGGAAGAGAAGGCGCGCCUUGAGGCCGAGGCCCGUGAGAGGGAGCAGCUACAGCUGCUGGAGGAGCAGAGGCAGCGGGAGGAGGAAGAGGAGCGGCUAAAACAGGAGCUGCAGCGCCUCCAGGAACUUCAGCAAAUCCGGUCGGCCAAGAAAAAGAAAAAAGAAAGGACUAAAGAGUCCCAAAAGGGCGAAUGUUUUCUGCAAAACGCACGGCUAAAGGAAGCCACUGUGGAUCUGGUGAACGAUAGUGGUAAAUGCCAGCAGCCAGACCCCAUAGCGAAACCCGACAACCCUCCACCCGAGCAGGCGGACGAUAAGGAAGAGCAAAAGGCAGAGCCGGAGCCCAGUGCACUGCAGCUGAUGCCAACGAAUGGAAAAGACCCUCGAGUACCCCAAGCCCCACCUCAACGAGAGACAAAGACCAAGCAGCCGGAUGUCAGCAUCAGCCCAGAACCCACAGUGGUACACAAUGAAGUGAAUGGCAAGCAGAAGUUAAAACCGCCGGUAGUCAAACCAAGUACUGAGCGGCAGCUGAAACCGGCCGAGGGCCUCAGACCCUGCGAUGCCCACCAGAAAACCUUGGCCAAAUGCCAGCCUGAGCCAGGGGCACCCAAACCAAAGCUGCCCGAGUGCCAAAUGCUGCCAGAGCUGAGAAAGGAAGAGAAGAAAGGGGUGAAUGGCAAUGGGAGGAAACUCAACCAUGUGAAGGAAGACCGCGUGCCAGCAGUGAGCGAGCCUGCACCUUCCCCUGAUCAGCAACAGGUGAACAAGGGUACUGCAGAAUCACCACAGCCCAAAGGCAAGGCCAAGAAAAACAAAAAGAAGAAGGGUGACAAGCUGAACAACUCCAUUGAUGAUGUAUUCCUACCUAAAGACAUCGAUUUGGACAGUGUGGAAAUGGAUGAAACCGAGAGAGAAGUAGAAUACUUUAAGAGGUUCUGCUUGGAUUCGGCCCGACAAAACAGACAGAGGCUCUCCAUCAACUGGUCUAACUUCAGUUUGAAGAAAACCACUUAUGCUGCUCACUAAUCGGAUGGCAAGUUUCCCCGAAGGAACCAACGUUUCGCUCCUCUGAAUAUUCUCACUUGGAUACAUAGUACUCUGCUGCGCUGAGAGCUAACCAGGUGGUGGACCCUGGAACUGCCUUUGCCUUCCCGUCCCCCACCACCACUGCCUGUCCCUACCAUCACCAUCUCCCCCACUGCUGUGUGAGAUUCUGCACUGGGAUAGGGUGCAGAGCACCUUAGUCCUUCUGACUUUGUUGCAGUGUAUGGAGAGAGAGUUGGCCAGCUGUUGAUCCACUUUCUCCGUACCUGUUAUUUUUUUUCCCCCGUUUGCUUGUGUGUUUGUAGUCUGUGAGUGGAACUUGCUCGACGGUAUCCGCAACCUGCCCGGGUUGAUGCUCAAACAGCGCCUCCGCUUCUCAAGAUCCCGUGGUUCUGCUCGGGUGAAGGUCAAUCUGUUUGGUCUUUCCUUCGCAUCAACCCCACUGUAACAUUUUAUUCACAUCUUGCAUUCAGCACUGUACAUACAGUCCGACUACUGACAAGGGAAUGGACAGCAUCAGUUUUUACUCUUCCUUGCUCCAGCAUUCCCCUCAGAUGAGAAGGUUUGAACGAAGACACUGCUCAUACUGAACUGGGCAGUGGGAAACCCAGUCGCCUCCAGUACUCCUUCACAAACUCACUGUUUGAAGUGUACAAGGUUACGCUAUAUUGUGUUUGAUUUCUGACUUGUAGCCAGCUUGUGUAAGAAUACUUGCAGAAUGAAUUCAAAAGAACAAUGCUCACACUAUCGACCUGUUAUAGAGUGUAUAAUUGUAUUAACACUGAAGCCUGAACUGGCUACUUUUUUAACAUAUUGUUAAGUAAUAUUAAAAAAAAUCAUGUCUUUCUUUUUGAAAGAUGGAAUACAGUAGUAUGGCAGAAAUGUGAAUGUCUGGUUUGCCUUUUUCUCAAAAGUCCAUAUGCCUUUUAGGGUCUUGUGUUUCUUAAUGCGCAGGAGGAAGAUUAAUGAGAGGGUGGGUAAUAAGUUGGUAAAAUUUAUGGAACAUCACAAAAUGCUAGAGUAACUCAGCAGGUCGGGCAGCAUCUAUGGAAAAGAAUAAAGUUUCAAGCUGUAAACCUUCAUCAUGGCUCUUGCACUAUGUCUACCUGCCAGUAAAGAACACUUGCUCUGUAACUGUUAACCGUAACACUGUUUUCUGCGUUGUCCUGAAGAAGGGUCUCUGCCUGUAAUGCCGACUUUUUAUUCCUUUCCAUCAAUGUUGCCUGACCUGCUCAGUUCCUCCAGCAUUUUGCAUAUAUUACUCUGGAUUUCCAGCAUCUGCAGAAAUCUCUUGUAUUUAAAAUUUGGAGUACUUUGUAGAAGUAGAGAGAUUUGAGCAUUGAGUUGCAUAAACCUUAUAAGGUGCAGCACCAAGUUGAUAAAAGGUGAGCAACUUCAGAAUGUCUGAAGUAUCUUGGAGCUGUGAAGUGUUUGGCAUCUGAACUGUGUAGAGUUAACUCGUUUGCAAGUUGCAUCAUAUUUUCACAAACAGCACUGUUGGCAUGAUGUGAAGAGUCUUGGCUCAAACCGUCAGCUCUUUAUUUCUCUUCAUGGAUGCUGCCUGACUUACCGAGUUCCUCCAGCAUUUGGUGUCUGUUAUUGUGUUCAUGUUGACAUAAUUAUAUUUUUGCAAUCAGUGUUGGACCAUUUUUAUCCCCUAACCAACAUGAGACAAGUACUUUAAAUCAAUUCAAAUCAAGGUUAUGGAUGCUUUGCAAAACCCUUUGCCUCAUUUCAACAACUCCAAGAAAUUUGCCUCAGACAGUAUCACAGUCCCCCAGCAACGUGGCUGCGUAGACUUGGUGCUCAAGCCUAUGGAUUGGGGCUUACUCCCACAAAGUUCAGCUGCACAGCAAGACAACAAUUCAAAAUGUAGGCGCAUAUUGAUUCUUCAUUUAAUAAAAAGGAGAUGUGGGUAAUAAAUCAAAGUAAUCCUUAAAAAAAUCAUUCAGUUGACCAAUCCAGAAUAUAAAGAGUUUUUGAUGUUCUCAGGAAGGACAUCAAGGCCAUGAAGGGUCCUGAAGAUGGUCAGUAAUUUCAGCAGACAGGAGGCUUGGCCUUUAAAACAGUUGCUGAAUCUCAAUAGAUGGAAAAGAGGAAGUUUAGGGACUGUGGCAAAAGCAGAACCAAUGAUAGUUGUUAAAUUAGGGAAGUAGAUAAUUAUUUGGCAGAAGUAUCAAAAGGGGACAAUACCAGGUAAAAAGUACGUAAGUAGAGUUGACACAGGCUGAAUGUUCUCCUUGACUUAAGUUUGAGGAUCAGGGCACCAUUCUGAUACCCAGUCUAAAGCCAACCACAUUCUGUCGUCCUAUCACUUUCUGAUGGCCAGUCUAAAACUGACUGCCCUUUCACUUACCUUAUGGCCAGCAGAAGUGGUAGAUGCAGGUUGGAUUUAAACAUUGAAGAGAAAUUUGGAUAGAUAAAUAGAUGGAAGGGGUAUGGAGAGCCAUGGUCUGGGUGCAGGUUGAUUGGAUGAAGCAGAUGAGUAAUUCAGCAUGAACUAGAUGGGCCCAAGGGCCUGUUUCUGUGCUGUCGUGUUCUGUGACUCUAUUUUAUCACAUUUUAUGUCCAAGCAAGCUUGUACAUUCAUUGCAGACUUCUGAACCAAGCCAUUCCCCUUGUUUUGUGGACUAUUUUGGCAGCCAGGCUCUCUUAUGUUUCAAAAGGCUUGGGUUAAUUUCCAGUCAGUCACAACUUGAUGGCACCCAGCUUGGAAAGGUGAGCAGACUGGCAGUAUGGCACACGGUUGAAAUAGACUGUGAGGAGCUGGAGUCUCAGUGACAUUCUUCAGGUUGCAACCUGCCAGCCUCAAAAUUACCCACCGAUUCCCCUUGUGUUUUUGUGACCUAAUCUCCAAUCUAUGCUUGUAUAUUACUCCCAAUCCCCUGGACUUUCAUGUUUAAUAGCUUCUUAUGAGGUCACUGUCUGAGGUGGCACUGUAAAAUAGCAGUUAGUGUAAUGCUAUUACCGUGCAAGUGACCUGGUUCAAGUCCCACCUCUGCAAGGAGUUUUUUUUUUAACUUUCUCCCUGUGGCCUUGUGUGUAUCCUCUGGGUACUCCGGUUU